CACCGGGCUAGAACCAACUGUACCCGUAGCAUGUUGUGUCAUAUCUCCGGCAGUGUGAAGGAAAAGGGGCGGACAUCAUCAACGGCAGUGAAGCAUAUAUCCGGUAUUGUUACAGCCAGACAACUCUCAAAGAUGUGGCCACAAAUACUUCUGUUGUUGAUCACAUCACCAGCCUAUGGCGGCCAGCAAUGUCCCUGGGGAAUAUAUGGCGAGAACUGCGACAAGAACUGCCCUUUGACCUGUAACACUGAUCCUGUAAGAAACCUCCGGCACUGUCAAAAGUACACUGGGAAGUGUUCUGAGGGAUGCGUGCCAGGCCAUCAUGGCGAUCAGUGUAAUAUGCUUUGCAGCGGAGGCUGUCUGCACAAAACCUGCAAUCAGGGAAACGGACAAUGCACAAUAGGCUGCAGUGGUACAUACAGCGGGGAUUAUUGCAACAUCACUUCAGUGGUGAAGGCACAUACAAUGUCAUGGACAGAGACAUCUACAUCAGGGGCGUCUGCCACAGAGAAACCUACGGAUCUCGUUGCAAUUAUUGUCCCCAUCAUCAUCAUCAUCAUCAUCAUCAUCAUCAUCAUCAUCUGCCUGGUCACAGUCGCAGUGGUGGCAUUCAUAGUAAGAAAACGGAAAAAGAGAAGAAAAAACGGCCAUGGCAGGUCCCCGGAAGACAUUCCCUUAAUGGAAAGGAGUGCAACAGACUUUGGCAAUCCAAUUGACCGAGAGAUAAACAAUACACGAACAUUGUUUGUGGAAACUGAAAACUUUAAGAAAGUGAGAGAAAAUGUUGGCGACGUUCCAUCAUGUGACCAUCAGUGGUGCUCCGGGUGAAGGUAAAACAUCCAUGGCCCUGAUGCUGGGAGAUGAAUACAGGACGCAGGGGUAUGAGCUGGUACUGGUUGAUGAUCUUUCACAAGUAAACUUGUCUGACUGGCAAGACCGUGAUGUAUGUGUGAUAGUUGAUGACAUAUUUCAGAAGGCUCGAUCACAUAUGGAUGUGCCUCGUCUUACACACAUUCUGUAUGACCUCCAUCUGUACCUCGCAAAGUGCAAGGACAGGUCUGAGAGACGAUAUGAGAGUAUGCAGCAGGAGUCGGGAGAGGAAGAAAGAAGAGACAAUCAGUCAGACAUGUACCUCAUAUUCACCACAGAAACCUCCGCCCUAGAACAUUCAAUGUUAAAACUUGAAGGUCAUCCAAUCUGUUUUUUUAAGUAACUCUACAGUAGCAUCAUUGUCUUACACACCGGAGGAGAAGAAAGGAAUAUGGAUGAAACAUAAACACCAUUACAAAUGCAAAGCAAACGUCGAUGAGAUCGAACUUGGUGCAUGCGAUAAACAAACUGUUGGAUUUCCUCUUGUAUGCAAAUUGUUCUCCAGUUAUGCUGCCUUUCAAGAACACGAUGAAACGUUUUGGGGAAAUUCUGUAUUCUAUCUUAAACGUGAACUUGAUACGGUGAUUAAUAGAAGGGAUAACCACUCAGCUGCCCUAAUCCUGGUGCUCCUGUGUGACAGGCAGCUGAACCUCAGUCAGCUUGAGACUGAAUCUGACAACCCAGACCUGGAUGCCCACAUCAAGACAGCUCUGUCCUUUGUGAAGACGUCAACCAGACAAGAUGUAGCUGAGGCUAUCAGAGGUUUAUGUCGUUCUCUUUUGAAAGAAGGAAACUUAAUAUCAUUUUCCCAUUUGAUGAUUUAUGAUGUCUGUGCUUCUGUCUUGUUCAGUAUUGAUCCAGAGUAUUCCCGUAAACAUUGCGACAUUAGGUUUCUCUUUGAACAUGUACAGGAUCAGCAAGCAGACAUUGCUACCUUCAAUGAACACCAGCUCAGCAUUCCUUUCUUAGCGGCCUACAGUGAAACCAUUGUUGACAGAAUGGCUGAUUAUAUUGCCAAUGGUUCUUUGAGUGAAUACAUCAUGCAUCCUAUAUGUAGAAGAAAGGAAAUAGUUGACAGAUUAUCUCAAAUGAUAAAAGAUCUAGCUUCUCUGUCUCAUGAUGUCAUCCACAACAUCUUCCAUUACGCCUGCUUCACUGGGAACACGACAAUCCUGGAGCAACUUGUUCAUCACUGUGACAUCAAUAGACGUGGCUUGAAUGGCUGGACGCCAGUUAUGUACGCAGUUGUCUCUUGACACGUGGGUAGUCUGAAACUCCUGGUGAAACACAACGCUGAUGUAGGACUAUGUGACAACAAUAACAACAGCUUAUUACAUCUGGCAGUUGAGAAUGGAACAAGGUCCAGUGUAGAGUAUCUUCUUAAAGAAUUGAAAUGUGACAUCAACACUCGAGGAAUGCAUGGCUGGACACCACUUGUGUGUGCAGUGUUUGCUGGAAAGAAGGAUGCUUUGGAUGUUCUUUUGAAACACAAAGCUGACAAUAGAUUAAGAGAUAAAAAUACCAGGAAUGCACUUCAUCUAGCAUGUGAGUGUGGGGUUAAUUGUAUUGUGGAACGCCUGCUGCAAUUAACGGGUGUGAAUGCCACUGGUAAACAUGGUCAGACACCAAUAAUGUGUUCAGUAUCAUCUGGAAAGAAGAACACGUUCGACCUUCUUUUGUCAAGAAAUGCGGACAUCAACCUGACUGAUGAUGGCAACAACAGCCUGCUUCAUGUGGCUUGCCAGUCGGACGAUACAUCUAUUUUAGAGUAUCUACUUACACGGCUUGACAUCAACAGGCUGGGAAAACAUGGCUGGACACCAGUUAUGAAGGCAGCUGUGAAUGGAAGGAAGGACGUAUUUGACCUGCUUGUGAAAGAGAAAGCAAAUCUUGAACUGAUUGACGACAGUAGUAACAAUCUCCUCCAUCUUGCAUGUCACGGCGGAAAUGCCUCCAUUGUGAAAUACUUACUCCCACAGUUUAACAUCAACAGUCGUGGAGGCAAUGGCUGGACGCCAGUGAUGUAUGCUGCUGUCAAUGGAGACAGUGAUGUGUUCCGCCUGCUUGUGUCAAAGGAUGCUGAUCUCUCCCUGGAAGAUGACUACAACAACUCGGCAUUUCAUUUGGGAUGUAUCGGAGGAAACAGAACCAUAGUGAAAGAUCUACUGCUAAAAGCUGAUAAGAACAGUCAGGGAAACCUUGGGAGAACAGGAAUCAUGAAGUCUGCUUGGGCAGGCAAUGCUGAUGUUUUCAAACUCCUUGUGUCAAAGAAAGUUGAUCUCAAAACAGUUGAUGAUAACAAUGAUACUAUACUUCACCUUGCCAGUCAGGGAGGAAACUGCUCCAUUGUUGAAUAUUUGAUAGAGAAACAGUUUGACAUAAAUUGUCGUGGAAAAAACGAUUUGACAACAGUGAUGUAUGCAGCAUUGUCUGGAAAGAAAGAUGCAUUUGAACUACUUUCUUCAAAACAAGAUGCAAUGUCCGCAUACAAUGUAUAUCGUGACACAAUACUUCACUUGGCAUGUGAAGGCGGGACUAUAUCCAUUGUACAAUCACUUCUUUUGAUAAUAGAUGUAAACAUUCGGGGAAAGAAUGACCGGACUCCAGUCAUGGCUGCAGCUGUGGCAGGGAAGAAGGAUGUGUUUGACUUUCUGAUUUCAAAGAAAGCUGAUCUCACACCGACUGAUGACAACAAAAACAACAUUCUUCAUCUUGCAUGCCGGGGUGGAAAUACAUUCAUCAUAGGGCAUCUCAUACCACUGUUUGACAUGAACAGUCCUGGAGAAGAUGGAUUGACACCAUUAAUGAUGGGAGCUCUCAGUGGGAAGAAGGAAGCUUAUGAUCUGAUUGCAAGAAAAGGGGGUAAUCAAUCAUUAACUGCCUCUGAAAAUGAUAUUGUUCUUCAUGCAGCCUGUCUUGGGGGUAAUCUAGCCACUGUAAAGGAGGUAAUUGACAGCUUUUACAUCAACACCAGGGGAAGGAAUCGCGAGACUCCUCUAAUGCGAGCAGUCUGUGGAGGUCACAUUGCUGUAUACAAAUACUUGAUGUCCUGUGGUGCUGACCCUACUCUGGUGGACAAAGACAGACACACUCUACUUCAUCUUGCAUGUCAUCACGGACAGCUUGCAAUGUUGAAACAUAUCAUAGCUGAUUUGAUGUCAACUCAAAGGACAAUAUGGGCCUCACACCUGUCAUGACGGGUGUACUGCACAGAAAAGCUGCCGUUGUCAAAUACCUGACAAACAGAGGCACGGAUCUGACUUUAGUUGACAACACGGGAGACGAUGCUCUUACUCUCGCCCUGAAACACGGUAACAGACAAAUCAUAAAACAACUCCACAGAAAACAAGUCCAGCAAGUGGCACCGUGGAGUGAGCUAAUGAAGUCCCUGGUCAGGGGGGAAGUAGUUUUCCUGAAGACCUACAGUCGAGGGAGUGCUGACCUGGUUCAGACAGAUCAGGAUGGAGACAGUUUACUACAUCUUGCCUGUCGAGGAGGCAACAGAUGGUGUGUGGAGUAUCUGCUCCCAUCCUAUGACGUCAAUGUCCGUGGUCGCUAUGGCUGGACACCGGUGAUGAUGGCGGCUGCGUGUGGACAUGAUGAAGUGAUCCAUCUACUGGUGUCUCACGAUGCAGAUCUCACUCUGGUCUCUGACACUGGAGAAACUAUUCUCAGCCUUGCUCAGCGGGGAGAGUGCAGUGUUGCAAUCACAAUUCUAAAACGGAAUGCCUUGCCAUCCCAUUCACUGAGAGUAGAAGUGUGGGAAGGAACCCCCGUUUAAUCGGAUGCACAUUUCUCCACAGGUGAUCAUUCAGCAUGUAGGUUGACACAUGCAUUUGAUAUUAUAGAGGUGCAACUGUCCACUCAUUGUUAUAACGUUCCUCAUUGAAUGUGUUUGGGCUGUUAAUGGGUUAACGACCAAUUGAUUCAAUAGCAAUCAAUUCCCUACGUUUUAAGUCUGUUCAUAUAGAACUGUUGUGAUUAUGAUAUACAAUGUUGUGUGAAAUAAAACAUGCACUAUAGUGUUGUAGUCUUGUGUUGCAAUAGGUGAAAAGUGGUGGUGAUAAAUUGAUCAUAAUUACCUUAUACAUAACCAUAUUGUAUGUACAAUUAUAUGUGUCAGUGUCAUUUAUUUUAAACAAUAUUGUAAUUGUGUUACAUUGUUUCUGUUGAGAUUCCGUGGAAGUCCAUAGCAUUGUGUUUUGACAAUAAAUUGUUGUAAGGAAUGUAAUACUAUCUAAUGUUAGCAGUGAUGUGAAAGUAAUAUUUAGAUGCUUUUGGAGUCAAGUGUAAUCUCGAACAGCUCAACUUAUCCAGCACUGUCUAGAAAUGCUGGGAUAUAUAUAGACUAUUCAAGGGAUGCAAGAGUAUGCCUCUCUCAUCUCACAUUACAUCAACACCAACUUUUGUGUGAAGAUCAUUGUGUUCCCCCUCGAUGCCCAUUCUAGGCAUAUUUUGAGAGCUUGACAACUGUUGCUGCAAGGUGAAUGUUAUUAUGUCUGACUGUCUUGCUAUUACCCCUGUUAUUGUAUUGUAUACUGCCACUGCAUUUUGUAAUGCCAUUGUAAUAACUGUUGCAUGAUAGGGAACUUAGCUGAUGAAAUAAUACAUUUGUCAAUUGGA